AUGCACAUCUAUGUCAAGAAUCCGACCGGCAGGACGAUCCGCCUCAGGGUCCAUAAAUCAGACACCUUGUAUAGCGUCAAGGCGAAGAUACAAGAGCAAUACCGCCUCGUCUUUGACGGGACCCAACUAGAGGACAGUUGCACGCUAGCCGACUAUGAAAUCGAGCAUGGAUCCACGAUCGACCUCCAAGAGAAGAUGCAGAUAUUCGUGACGGAGAUGCCGGCUGCUAGGACCAUGGCCCUUGAGGUCGACAGCCACGACACCAUUGACAGCGUCAAGGCCAAGAUCGAGUACAUGGAAGGCUUCCCCAAGGGCCAGCAGUGCCUCAUCUUCGCCAACAAACGGCUGGAGGACGACAACCUCACCUUGGCUGAGUACAACGUCUGGAAGGACUCCACCCUCCUUCUCGUCCUCCAGCCAUGUAGUCCGCGAGAAGGCAUGGGUAUGAUGCGCAUCUUCGUGAGAUAA